AUGAAGUCGUGCGCUAGUCCUCCCGAGAUGAUGCCUCUCGCUGACGACACCGACCCGACUCACUGGAUCCGCCGGGCCCUCACAGCCGUCCUAGGCGUCCCCCUCGCUGCGCAGGACAUGGCGGACCUCGACUCGCAGGGUUCACUCGGUCUCUACUUCCACCGUGGUAAAGACGGGCACGGCAAGAAGAGCAAGGAAGUCAUGGGGAUCACCAACAAGCAUGUCGUGUCCAGGAGCUUGCAUGCGGACUACGAGUACGGUGGCCAGCAGAGUCCACGUAAGCAGUAUCUCCGCAACUGCGGUUAUCGUCGGUUCGGGCAGCUCCUCGAAGAGACUCGUGCCCUGCUUGGUGUGAAGCUCAAUCAAGCCACGCGGUUCGCUGCGCAGCUGGCGAAGCUAUUGGAAAGUCGACCUCAGGAGGAGGAUGCGCGCUACAACUUGAACGUGAAGUAUAAGGAGCAAGACUUGCAGAGGGUGGAGUCGGACGUUCGUAUUCUCAGUGACUUCCUGAGGCUUAUCCAAUCCACCUGGAGCGAUCCCCUCGAUCGUAUCAUCGCCUGGGUCGACUGGGCACCCAAAGUUGCCAACGAUGCCGACUUGCGCCGCUACACUCGCGACAUAGCCGUCAUGACGCUCGAAAAGGACAAGUUCGUCAAGAACUUCAAGGGCAAUUUCGUCUACCUGGCCGGCAAGUUUACCCCCGACCAGAUCAUCGCCUGUUUCCACCCCAACGUCGCCAAUCCCCCCGUGUUCGAGUAUCCCUUAGACCACCUGUUCAGGCUUUCGGGUUGCGUCGACGCUGCAGGCCUCUCGACCCCGUACUUCCUCGACGAUGACAAUAAACCUUGCUUCAUCGUUGCCAAGGACGGGCAGAAAACCGACCUUACCUUUGGUCGCCAGUCUGAGCUCGAGGCGCUCACCUGCCCCGAUCUCGAGGGCCAUUCCUGGGAGGUCGCGAUCCUUAACUACGGGGGAAGAGAGCAUGGUGAUUUCAGUGCUGGAGGUGACUCUGGUUCAGCCAUCUUCAACGCAGAGGGCAAGCUGGUUGCUCUGUUGCACUCCUAUUUGCCCACUGGAUCGUCCACCCAUAUGACAUUCGGAACUCCUGGUCACUACGUCAUGGAGCUCGUCAUGCAACGUUACCCCGACGCCGAUUUCUCCCGCUCCCAGUAUGACGACGACGACGCAACCUCAGUCUGA